GUAUUUUGAAAUAUGUGAUAUGAUAAAACGCAUUUGAGCAAACUAUGUAUGCUAUCCCCGCGUGUAAUGACAGCAUUAAUUGAACUGAGAAUUAAGUUGUUUUUUUUUUUAACAAUGUAGCGCGUGCUAGUAAUGAGCUGAGUUCAAGAGAUUUUUAGCAAACAUAAUGAUACACAGAAACGGAAUGUAUUUUAAAAAGUACAACGUUCUCUUUUCUUUGUAACGACUAAUGAUAGACUGCUUUUAACCAAAUAUUUGUCAGCAAAGGACUGCGGUUCUACUGUUUUAAGAACAUGAUUUAAAAGCCAUGAACCAGAUCAUCUUUCAACAUGAUAAUGUGCUAUCAGAUGUUCACAUGUUUCUGCCUAAUGCCUGCCACCUAAUGACACGCCUCAACAAUGUUGGACAGCCUGUUUUCAUCUCCCAUUUCAAGAUUGUGUCGGAAGCUGGAAAGCUGGAGAGCAAUGAUGAGGGCACAAGGGAAAACAGUGACAAUGAAAGGCUCAUUCUCGCACAAAACGGCAAAGAGGAAGGGAGCGAAAGAAAUGUAGAACCAGCCUUGGAUGAGGAUGGAGAUCUCAACGUCACACAUCGACCUAGGAGUAAUCCUGCAGGAGAUUGCAGCAGGGAAGUGAUCUGCCCUGUCAUUCUCAAACAAUCACAUUACUCAUCACUACAAAACGAGGAAAAUACAGAUGAGGCAGAUGAAUGCUUGACCAACACUGUACAGAUAGAGCAUACGAUGGCAACACCCCUGGAGGAUGUUGGCAAACAGGUUUGGAGAGGAGCACUACUCUUGUCUGACUUCAUCCUGUCUCAGCCACUCAUGUUCAAAGGGGCAACAGUUGUGGAGUUAGGAGGUGGUGGGGGUUUAACCAGCAUAAUCAUGGCCACUUUAGCCAAACGAGUGUACUGCACAGAUGUUGGAGAGGACCUUUUAAACAUGUGUCAGAGAAAUGUAACUUUAAAUCGACAAAUGAUUGAGCUUGCAGGUGGUGAAGUGAGAGUGAGACAGUUGGAUUGGCUCCAAUCUGACUUUUGCAAAGAUACCGUUGUGGAACUUAACUGGACAGAGGAGGAAGUAGCUGAUAUUCAUGAUAAUGCUAGCUUCAUCAUUGCUGCUGAUGUUUGCUAUGAUGAUGAGCUGACAGAUGCCUUCUUUCGAACACUAUACCGACUGUGCAAUAACUUUGCUCAUGCCUGCACCAUCUUUAUUUCCAUUGAAAAAAGAUUCAACUUCACCCUGCGACAAAUGGAUGUUUCCUGCGACGCGUACAACCAUUUCAAGCAGUGCCUGUCCCAGCUCAAGGACCUGGUGGAUGGACAAUGCAGCUACACAGUAGAACAAGUCCCUUGCACCUUCCAACAGUUUCUUCAGUAUGAACGCAUAGAUCAUCUGGUAGGAAAUCUGGUAAGCCUGACUGCUUGGCCAACACUGGCUGGCCGACGAAUUGAACCAUUUUACGAAGCGGUGGGAACAACUAAACCAUUAACACUGCUUUCACACGGCAGAAUGAGCGCACUACAUCUUUUUUCCCCCCAAGGUACAGUAUUUGUUUUGUCCUGUACUAACUGCAAGAUGGUACUGUAGGUGACUACUAACUCAAAUAACUGAAUAUUUUAAUUUGAUAUUCAGGACAUAAAACAUUUUGCAAAUGCAAUUUUCCAAACUUUUUGAUUUUAUGUUUCCAUUGCUUAGCAUAGUGAGCUAGUGGUUAGGACGGCUGGCUCACAAUCCUGAGGUUUCGGGUUCACCUGGCUUUCCUGUGUGGAAGUUGUAUUUUCACCCCAUGCCCGCAUGCUGCUUGAAUGAUUUUUUUUUUUCAUGUUUGUGUCUUUCUCGCACAUUUGCGAAAAAAAACAUGCAUUUUAAAAUUCAUUGAAGACUAACUUGUUCAUGGGUUUGCAUGACAGUGUAAAUGGUUGUUUGUCUAUGUGCCCUGCAAUUGGCUGGUGAUGAGUCCAGUGUGCACGCCUUUCACCCAAACUCAGCUGGGAUAGGCUCCAGGCAACCUCAAUCCCAAAUGAGGAUAAGCGGUAAAGAAAAAAGAUGAAUAAAUGGCUGGAUUGAUGUUUACGUUGACGAAGUUGUACAAUCAUUGUAUUCUCUCUUCAAUAUUAUUCUGACCACCCUGUUAUAGCAGAGGUUUUAUGAUUUGAUCCAGCCCAGUGCUGAUAUUUUUGAAUAGACUCCCAUUAUUUUUCUGUUUUAC